GAUUGUAAAGUAGUGAGUGCAGAGAGAUAUAAGGAAUUAGAGGAGACAAAUGAAACACUGAAGAAAGAGAUACAGAAGCUAGAACGUGCUCAAAGUGAUACAGACAGACUUGAAAUAGAACUGACACAGAAGAAAUUAGAGUGUGAAAGACUGACUAGAGAUAUCGAAGAGCAAAGAGAAAUCUCUAAAACUCUUGAAUCAGAACUGUGUGAAACUUCAACUAAGAAUACAGAAUUAACAGAACAAGUGUCAAAUCUUCAACAACGAUUACAACAGUUAGAAAAGGUGAAUGAAGAAUGUAGUACACUACGUGUCAGUCUCUCAGAGGCCCAGCAUGAGUGUGAGGUUGCCAAGGGUGAUGUUUCAGUCCUUCAACUUAAAGUACAAAACCUAGAAACUGUUGUAAAGAACUUGGAAUUUUCUACUGAGAAAUUGAAACAAGUUGAAAAAGAUUAUCAUGACACAGUGCUCAAACUUCAAGAUAAACAGCGAGAAAUUGAUCACUUACAAAAGGUCCAAGAGAGUGCAAGAGAAAAAUAUGAGACUGCUAUAAAAUCAUUACAAGAUAAAAUACAUAGUUUAGAACAUCAGUGCCAAGAUCAUGCCUCUAAACAACAACAACUAACAGAGGAACUAACACUACUUCGCACACAAGCUGCGCAUAAAUCACAAAACAUUCGUAAUACUGAAAUUCAGACUAGUAAAAGUUUAGAAUUUGCCCCAUCGUCAACAUCUUCUCCUAACCAGUCACCACGUCACAGUCCAGUAAUUCAAGGGUCAUCUAGAAAGUCACCAGUUGUUACAUCACAGACACAAGUUAACAAUCAACGGAAAUCACCAGGCAUCUCAAAAUCACCUGCAUCAAGCAUUAAAUCACCUGGAAUUAAAGUGCCAUCGCCAUCUAUAGGGACAUCAUCAGCUGUAAACAAGGGACAUAACUCUAGCAAAGGAAAUUCUCCUGCUCAAGAUGUAAUUAAGCCCAAUCAGAGCCAUCUGCCAUUACAUUCUACUCCGUUACAUUCUACCCCUAAACGUGUCAAUGGCGUAUUAAGUGAACAGACAGAAUCUACAAAAUCUACUUGUACUGAUACAGAGAUGACUGGUUUAGGUUUUGCAGAUGAUGAUGAUGUGACACAGUCUAACAAUUUUUCUCCAGACGGAGACAAGGCAGAUUUUGAGGACCCUGAAUUAUUAGCUAUAGCUGAAAAAUUGAAAGAACUUGAGAAUCAGUCUGAUUCAGACGACAGUAGUAAAUCAGAUAAAGGAGAAGAUUCUGGGAUGGAGAGCAGGGGAGAUCAAAGAGGAGAGCCUGAAGUCUCUGAGAUAUCAAUUGGUGACAGUCGUUUAUCUGUUCUUGCUAAGAAAGGACCAAUUCAAGUUUAUUGUGCUAAAUAUAGUUAUGACCCAUACAAAUACUCCCCCAAUGAGAAUCCGGAGGCGGAAUUACCUCUACAGGCUGGAGAUUAUGUACUUAUCUAUGGUGAAAUGGAUGAGGAUGGUUUCUUUGAGGGAGAGCUGAUAGAUGGCAGGCGGGGAUUGGUACCUUCAAACUUUAUUGAGAAAGUCUCCGAUGAAGACUUGCCAGAUUUCCAUGCUGCCAUGGCAUUGGCUGGUCAAGAAGAAAAUAGUACUGCUGCUAACAGUAUAGCUGUUCCUGACCUUGACAUUGACAGUGGUGAUGAACUUGAUAAAAAUGAUGACCUUAUACCAGAUACAAGUUCUCAGUUGAAGACUGAACCUUUAAGUGACCUUGAUGAUAUUAUAGAAGAAGAUGAAGAUAUUAGCCAAUCAAAACAUAGAGAUACUCUAGCAAAUGUUCAUACUGGUGCUCCUUUUCCAAAAAAUUUACAACUUGAACGCCAACUUGCCAACAGUAUUCUUGUCAGUUGGUCCCCACCUGACAAUUCUGACAAAGCUGAAAUACGCUCAUAUCAUGUGUUCUUAGACGGGGACUUUAAAACUGCAAUCAGAGGAAAUGAAAGAACUAAAGCAUUGUUAGAAAAUGUAGAAUCUCGUAAGAUUCAUCGGGUUAGUGUACGAUGUAUUAGCUCCCUUGGACAGUCACAUGACAACCAGUGUACAAUCCUGGUAGGAAAAGAUGUGAUCCCAACACCAUUUGAUCUCCGUAUUGGUGAAGUAACGGCAAACUCGGCUGUCAUAUCAUGGACUCCGGGAGAUAGUAGUCUGCAUCACGCUGUUUAUGUUAACAAUGUAGAAAUACGCGUGGUGAAACCUGGGCUUUACACACAUACACUUACAGGUUUGAGUCCAGCUACAUCUCAUACUGUUAAAAUACAGGCGAGAAAUCUUCAUGGUAAACUUGACGAUAAUAUUAAACCAGAGAAAAUCUCAUCAACUAUUGAAUUUAAAACAGCCCGUGGGGGUGUACCAGACCCUCCUGUCAGUGUUCAAGUGGAGUCAGGUCCACAGGAAGGCAGUAUUUUGUUAACAUGGUUACCUGUUACCAUAGAUACUUCUGGAUUUUCAAAUGGUGCUUCUGUUUCGGGAUAUAAUGUUUAUGCAGAUGGUCAGAAAAUAAAACAUGUUCAUGGUGCAACUAAUGAUCAUUCCAUUUUAACAUCAGAGGAUUUUAAAGGUUUUGUGCCAAAGCAACUGAGCGUACGUACUGUAUCAAAAGAGAAGGUGGAGUCAGCUAGCUCCCAAAUGGUUCGACUUCCUCAAAAUAUUGUCAAGGAGCUUACAGUUGGUGUAUCAAAAUCACUGGCAUCAGAGGCCACACAAAAAGUCAGGAAAUCUCCAUUACAUGGUAGCAGUACUGAUGACAUGAUCGAUUCUGCCUUUAAAGAAAUAGACAAAGUAUAUGAGCAGAAGGCAAUAGUGCCACCCAGUUUUCCAGAUGCAUUUUAUGACAGUAGUUGCUCUGAAUUGUCGGACAUUCCUGAAGUUGAGGAACCUUCCUCACCAGAAUCAGCCAAUGAAAACAGCCCUCUCAAAGAUACUUUGCAUUCAUUGGUUAAUGGUCUUGCAAACAUGACCAAUGACAGUUCAGAUUUUGAAGAUAUUUAUCAGAGAAAUCUAGCAGAGGAAUUAAAUGCAGAUGUGCAUGUAGGGAAGUCUGUACCGACAAGUGGCAAAUCAGCACCUGGCAGCAAGUCACAUGACCAACAGCGUUCCUUUUCUAGUCCAGGAAAUGAGAAAAAAGAGAAAGUUGUCUCCCCUAAAACUGUACCACAAAUUGAAAUAACAAGAGAAAAUAGUCUAGACAAGAUGAUAUCAAAACAAAAAUCUGAAGAAAGAAGGGAACAUGUGAAAUCAGAUUCUAUAGAAAACAAUGCAAAUUCAUCAAAAUUUUCAUCAGAACAAAGUGCAGAAAAAGAUGCAAAAUAUAGUGUGAGAAUGGAUAAACGUGAUGGGUAUCGGGACGAGAAUUAUUCACCUAGAAAUGACACUUCUAACCGUGAUAAAAGUAAUGAUAAAUCAAGACAAAGUGGAGAUUUAAGGUCUGACAAAGGUGUUAGUCCCAACAGUGCUAAUAUGGGUCGAAAUUCAAGCCCCAGACAUUCAAAAAAUGAAAGCCCGAGCUCAAGGAAUAGUCCAAAGGUUAAGGAAAGUCCUCGAUCAAAAAGCAGUCCAAGACAUUCAGAAAGAUUACAGGAUCAUCAUAGCCCACGUGGACAUGGAAGAGUGGGUACCAGUCCAGAACAUACAGGAAGACACAGUAGAAGUCCUGGUCCAAGUCCUAAUAAUAAAUCAAAUUCGAGUUCUGGAUAUGUAGGCCAUGUUGAGCCACUUGAGUUAUCUAAAUUAAAUAGAGAACAAAGUGAUAUGACUUAUCAGGAAUCUGACGAUGAUUCUAUAACAGGGGAGAUAAAUCCACCAGUUGAUGAUAAUCGAAUACGGUUAUUUGUAGCACUGUUUGAUUAUGAUCCACAAACUAUGUCACCAAAUGUGGAUGCAUUAGAUGAAGAGCUUCCAUUUAGAGAAGGACAGAUAAUCAAAGUAUUUGGUGACAAAGAUGCUGACGGGUUUUACAGAGGGGAAUGUCUUGGUCGUAUUGGAUUUAUACCAUGUAAUAUGGUAUCUGAGAUUCAAGUUGAUGACCCAGAACUAGAGGAGCAAUUAUUACAAGAAGUACAACAAAAUGGCACCAUGUCAAACUCAGCUCUAUCAGAGCAACUAUCAGCAUCAGAUAAAUACAUGAAGCCAAUAACAACCAAUGGAAUUCACCUCAGCCCCAGUGAUUUACCAUCUAUAUCAGGAGAGGUUACUGUACGCAGGAUGGUUGCCCUAUAUGACUAUGAUCCCCAGGAACUGUCACCUAAUGUUGAUGCAGAGGUGGAGCUAUCAUUUAAGUCUGGAGAUGUGAUCAUUUGUUUUGGUGAAAUGGAUGACGAUGGUUUCUACAUGGCAGAGAUGGAUGGUCGUAAGGGUCUGGUUCCCUCCAACUUCUUACAGGAGACACCUGUGUCAGAUGAAGAGGCGUUGGAUUCAGUCAGCGUAGUUACACCAGCAAGGUCAGGCGAAAGUAUCAACACUUCUGACUCAAGAAAAUCAGAAAAAUCUGAGAAAAUUGAUAAUAAACCUCAACAACAACAGUCGGGUUCGAGCCCAGGCCUGGGCGGCUCCCCAACCAAACUGGCAAACCAACAUGAUAAAGUAGAUGUAGUGAAUGAUGACAUUGGAAUGACGAGGCCCAGGUCACUCACACCUGAUGAAUUAAAACAGAAGAAAAAAUCGGGAGGAUUUUUUACCAAGAGCAAAAAUAUAUUUAAAAAGUUCACUAGAUAGCACAGUUAUAUUGAUUUCAAAUAAACUUUAUAUUUGCCAAAAGAAGCUUUUGAAAUGAGAAACUAUACAGUAGAAACUCUCCUUUUCGUGGAGGAGAAUAAUGAUAUCAUUAGGAAGGAAGUAAAGAGAUCUGCUGCAGUGCUUCAAUGGUCUGAUCUGACGUAACAUGAGAAAUUCUUCACAUAUACGUACACAUAUAAUUAUAUAUAUAUAUAUGUGGAAGAGAUAAUUUUGAUGAAAGUUGCAGGAUAUAAAUCAAAGUUAUGAAUAUUUACCAGUGUCAGUAUUUGUUUUGUAACAGUUACAGAGCAGACUUGUUGUACUAGUAACAUAUUGUGUUAUAAUAUUUUGAUAUUAAGUUAUAACAUUUCUUGCCUUCACACAAUAAGAACGGUUCUAUAUAAAUAAGUUGAGGCAUUAGCAUGCAUGAGUUAACUAUUUCAUUUGUCCAUUAAGUUGAGCAAAUUUUUUUACUAGUUUUCUACAAGCAUGUCUUUAAUUAUGUUAUGUUACUGAAUUUAUAUACUAAGGUGAAAUACUAUUGAAGCUUCUAUGUGAUACAUUCUAUGAUAUUUUGAUGUUAUAGUUUAGAAUUGUCUAUAUUCAGGUAGUUUAUGUGCCAGUAGAUCUGAGUUUAUUUAGUUGAUGCAUUUAUUUGGAUCUUGUCACAACAUGUUUGGUAUUAAGGACUUACUUUGUUGUAAUGUUUGAAUUGUCCAUUUGGUUAAUACAAAAUGCUUGAAAAAAAGAAGAAAAGAAAAGUGACCAGCUGUCUAUGUGGAGCAUGGUGGCAUACCAGAUUAGUUGUGUAAAGAUGAUACAAUGUUAUUAUGGUUUAUAAGAAGUCUGAUACUUAACAUUAUGUCUCCCUCAAUUUAGUUCACAUUAAAUUGAUAUUUUGUGAAUUUUAUGAGAAAUUGA